AGAGUCAUUUUACCUAUGUGUUUUCAUUACUUGAUAGCAAUGCUUUCUGCUUGAUUUCUUCUUCUGGAGUUGUUGUACAGUGAUUGCCCGAUGCCCUGUCAUACAGCAAUGCUUUAGCAUGCAGGGCAGUUGUACCUUUUGUGGAGACUCUUGUUGGCACUGCAGAACGGACACCUCCUGUGGCAGAAAGCUGGUGUAAAUGCUGCUGCUGCUGCCUCGCAGAGCCCAGAACCUGCUCGGUCAGCUGGAGCCCCCUGCGGACAGCUGUCUCUGUUUUAGCUGAUGGGAAACUGCUACUAGUGGCUGAAUGGAAGAGCGCGGAGCAGCAACCAUACUAGCUGUGGCAGCCGCCGCGACAGCGAGCACGGACUCUAUUGUUCCCCGGUGUUAAACAGGGUUUCCCCCUUUUCAACUGCCAUGCACAACGGUGCGAGAGAGGGUUCCUGUCUGCUCUUCCCCGUGAAGAAAUUCUGAAGAGGCCGAUAUUGUCUGGAGGAGGUUCGACCGUCACCGCACGGGCGCUGGAGCAGCCGGCCGGAGGCAUGGGGACGAGCACGGGGAGCGUUGUCCAAGGCCGUGCUCCGGGGGCUUCCGCGCUGCCCGGCYGGUGCCUGGCCGUCCUGUUGGCCCUGCUGCUGGGUGCCUGGGACACCGCUGCCGAGCGAAGUGAACUGGCAACUUCCUCCGUGUAUCUGUGGAAGACCGGUCCAUGGGGGCGAUGCAUGGGAGACGAGUGUGGCCCGGGCGGCAUGCAGACGCGAGCGGUGUGGUGCGCCCACGCGGAGGGCUGGACAACGCUGCCCACGAACUGCAAGCAGGCAGAGAGGCCGGACAACCAGCAGCACUGCUUCCGCGUGUGCGACUGGCACAAGGAGCUCUACGACUGGCAGCUGGGCGCCUGGGGCCACUGCCGGCCCGUGCUGGCCCGGGGCCACGAGGUGCCCGCUGCCGAGUGCCUGCGGGGCGAGGACGGCAUCCAGGUGCGGGAUGUGACGUGUGUUCAGAAAGCCAACGGCGCCACGGCCCAGGACGCCAUCUGCGAGUACUUCGAGCCAAAGCCGCGGCAGGAGCAGGCGUGCCUCAUCCCGUGCCGGCAGGACUGCGUGGUGGCCGAGUUCGCGCCGUGGUCCGAGUGCUCCAAGAGCUGCGGCGGCGGCCUGCAGCACCGCGCGCGCCACGUCGUGGCCCCGCCGCGCUUUGGCGGCUCCGCCUGCCCCAACCUCACCGAGUUCCAGGUGUGCCACUCCGGGCCCUGUACUGCCGAGGAGAGYGUCUACAGCCUGAGCGUGGGGCCCUGGAGCGCCUGCUCGCUGCCCCACGCGCGAAACGUCCGCCAAGCAAGGAAGCGYGGGAAGAGCAAGGACAGGGAGAAGGACAGAGAAAAGGCCGUGCGGGACCCCGAGGCUCGGGAGCUGAUUAAGAAGAAGAGGAACCGAAACAGGCAGAACAGGCAGGAGAACAAAUACUGGGACAUACAAAUUGGCUACCAGACCAGGCAGGUUACCUGUACUCACAGAAACGGGAAAACUGCUGCUCUGAGCUUUUGCAAGCAAGACAAGUUGCCAAUUACUUUCCAGUCCUGUGUGAUCACUAAGGAGUGCCAGGUAUCCGAAUGGACAGAGUGGACCUCGUGCUCCAAAACUUGUUUUGACCUGACAACCCCUAAGGGGAACCGUACAAGGACACGGACCAUCAAGCAGCUUCCCAUUGGCAGCGAAAGCGACUGCCCAGAGUUAGAAGAAACGGAGCAGUGCAUUUCACAAGGGGACGGAGUGGCACCCUGCAUUACGUAUGGCUGGAGAACCACAGAGUGGACAGACUGCCGUGUUGAUCCUUUGCUUAGCCAGCAGGACAAAAGGCGAGGAAAUCAGACAGCGCUGUGCGGAGGCGGCGUCCAAACGCGGGAGGUGUAUUGUGUACACGCUAAUGAAAAUCUCCUCUCCUAUUUAAACACCCUCAAGGAAAAAGAAGAAAGUCAGUCACAGAGCAAGCCGAAGGCUAGUGCUGCACCUCUGCUAUCGAUCACUUUUGAAAUAACAGCUUCUCGGCCUGUGGACCGCAAGCUGUGCACAGGACCUCUGCCCAGCACCAGCCAGCUGUGCCACAUCCCCUGCCCCAUCGAGUGCGAGACCUCGGCGUGGUCAGCCUGGGGACCAUGUACCUAUGAAAGCUGUGAGGACACGCAGGCUAAGAAGGGUUUUAAGCUGAGGAAGCGGCGCAUCACGAAUGAGCCGACCGGAGGGACAGGCAGCUGCCCACACCUGCUGGAAGCCAUCCCGUGCGAGGAGCCCUCGUGCUCCGAGUGGCGAGUCGUGGGCUUUGAGCCCUGCCUGCCCGACAACGACAAGGCCUGCGGACCUGGCACACAAGUGCCCCUCGUCGUCUGCGUCAACAGCGAUGGAGAAGAGGUCGAGAGGCAGCUGUGCAGAGACGCCAUCUACCCCAUCCCCGUGGCCUGCGAUGCUCCRUGCCCCCAGGACUGCGUGCUCAGCACGUGGGCCUCCUGGUCCUCCUGCUCGCACACCUGCUCCGGCAAAACCACCGAGGGAAAGCAGCUGCGCGCCCGCUCCAUCCUGGCCUACGCUGGUGCAGGAGGAAUUCAGUGCCCCAAUAGUAGUGCGCUACAGGAAACACGCAGCUGUAACGAACACUCUUGCACUGUGUAUCAUUGGCAGACCGGACCAUGGGGACAGUGUAUAGAGGAUGCUUCUGUGUCUGCUUUCAACUCAUCUGCCAGCUGGAAUGGGGAGCCCACCUGUGCUGUUGGGAUGCAGACAAGAAAAGUAAUCUGUGUGAGAGUCAACGUGGGACAAGUGGGCCCAAAAAAAUGUCCAGAGAGUCUUCGACCAGAAACAGUGAGGCCGUGUCUGCUUCCUUGUAGGAAAGACUGUAUCGUCACGCCUUUUAGUGACUGGACAUUGUGUCCAGCUUCAUGUCAAGACGGGGAUGUUGCAGUAAAGAAACAGUCCCGUCAUCGAGUCAUUAUCCAGCUCCCUGCCAACGGAGGCCGGGAGUGCCCGGAUGCUUUAUUUGAGGAAAAGGAAUGUGAAACUCCUCCUGUCUGCCAUAGCUACAGAUGGAAGACCCACAAAUGGCGGAGGUGCCAGCUUGUGCCAUGGUAUGUGCGUCAGGAUAGCCCAGGAGCACAGGAGACCUGUGGACCAGGGCUACAGGCAAGAGCAAUUACUUGUCGCAGGCAGGAUGGAGGACAGGCUGACAUCAGUGAGUGCCUUAAAUAUGCUGGCCCGUUACCGCCCUUAACACAGCUGUGCCAGAUUCCUUGCCAAGACGAUUGUCAGUUUACAAACUGGUCAAAGUUUUCUUCCUGUAAUGGGGACUGUGGAGGAGUCAGGACCAGAAAACGCACUCUUGUUGGAAAAAGUAAGAAAAAGGAUAAAUGCAGAAAUUCUCAGCUGUAUCCUCUUAUUGAGAAUCAGUUUUGCCCCUGUGACAAAUACAGUGCUCAGCCUGUGGGAAACUGGUCAGACUGUAUAUUACCAGAGGGCAAAGUGGAAGUAUUACUGGGAAUGAAGGUAGCAGGAGACAUUAAGGAAUGUGGACAAGGCUACCGCUACCAGGCCAUGGCAUGCUACGAUCAGAACAGCCGCCUUGUGGAAACAUCACGAUGCAACAGUCAUGGUUAUAUUGAGGAAGCCUGUAUUAUUCCGUGCCCCUCGGACUGCAAGCUCAGCGAAUGGUCCAACUGGUCUCGCUGUAGUAAAUCCUGUGGGAGUGGGGUCAAGGUUCGGUCUAAAUGGCUCCGUGAAAAACCCUACAAUGGUGGGAGACCCUGUCCUAAGCUAGAUCACGUCAAUCAGGCUCAGGUGUAUGAGGUAGUGCCUUGCCACAGUGACUGCAGUCAGUACAUAUGGGUUACUGAGCCCUGGAGCAUCUGCAAAGUGACCAAUGUGGACUUAAAGGAGAACUGUGGAGAAGGUGUUCAGACCAGGAAAGUCAGGUGCAUGUUAAACACUGUGGAUGGUCCUUCUGACACUGUAGAGGACUAUCUGUGUGAUCCCGAAGAGAUGCCGCUUGGUGCUAGAAAAUGCACAUUACCGUGUCCUGAAGACUGUGUCAUGUCUGAAUGGGGAACGUGGUCUCGAUGUUCUUUGCCUUGCAAUGGAAGCAACGUCCGUGAAAGGUCAGCAGAGCUUUUGAGAGAACCUGAUGAAGGCAAAUCUUGUCCUGCUGCCAUCGACUCAGAGCCCUGCACCUUGAACAAAAACUGCUACCACUAUGAUUACAAUGUGACAGACUGGAGCACAUGUCAGCUCAGUGACAGGGCUGUCUGUGGUAACGGUAUCAAAACACGGAUGCUGGAUUGUGUUCGCAGUGAUGGCAAGUCAGUUGACCUGAAGUACUGUGAAGAGCUCGGCUUGGAGAAGACGUGGCAGAUGAACACAUCGUGCGUAGUGGAAUGCCCUGUGAACUGUCAGCUCUCUGACUGGUCCCCUUGGUCUGCGUGCUCGCAGACAUGUGGCCUUACAGGAAAAAUGAUCAGAAGAAGAACCAUAAAUCAGCCAUUCCAGGGUGAUGGGAGGCCUUGUCCUUCUCAGAUGGAGCAGUUCAAACCCUGUCCAGUAAAACCUUGUUAUCGCUGGCAAUAUGGCCAAUGGUCUGAAUGCAAAGUAGAGGAUGCUCAGUGUGGAGAGGGGACACGAAUGAGGAACAUUUCCUGUGUGGUUUUUGAUGGAUCCAUUGAAGAUGUUGGCAAAGUAGUAGAUGAGGAAUUCUGUGGUGAAGUAGAGCCUAUUAUAGAUGGCAAUAAGAAGAUGGUACUUGAGGAAACGUGCACCCUCCCAUGUCCAGGGGACUGUUACUUGAGGGAGUGGUCGGAAUGGAGCCUWUGCCAGUUAACGUGUGUUAAUGGUGAGGACCUUGGCUUUGGAGGGAUACAAGUCCGAUCUCGGGCAGUCAUCAUUCAAGAUUUAGAGAAUCAACACCUCUGUCCGGAACAGGCUUUGGAAACACGACCAUGUGAUGACGGCCAGUGUUACGAGUACAAGUGGAUGGCUAGCGCAUGGAAGGGGUCUUCUCGAAAGGUGUGGUGCCAAAGGUCAGAUGGCUUAAAUGUCACAGGGGGCUGUUUAGUGAUGAGCCAACCAGAUGCUGACAGGUCAUGUAACCCACCGUGCAGUCAAGCCCACGCUUACUGUAGCGAGACUAGGACGUGCAGUUGCGAAGAUGGAUACACGGAAGUCAUGUCCUCCAAUGGCACACUCRACCAGUGCACGCUCAUCCCAGUGGUGGUGAUCCCCACCAUGGAGGACAAAAAGGGAGAUGUGAAAACCAGUCGAGCUGUGAACCCCACUCAGCCUUCCAGUAACCAGUCAGGACGAGGAAGGACCUGGUUUCUGCAGCCUUUUGGGCCAGAUGGGAGGCUGAAGACCUGGGUUUAUGGUGUAGCUGCUGGUGCAUUUGUUUUACUCAUCUUUAUUGUUUCUAUGAUCUAUCUAGCCUGCAAAAAGCCAAAGAAGCCCCAGAGAAGACAGAACAACCGACUGAAACCAUUAACCUUGGCCUAUGAUGGAGAUGCAGAUAUGUAAAAUAUAAAUUCUCACGAUGAAAAAUGGAAUCUAAAUUAUUGGAUCGAAAUCAGAAGGUAUUCAAAGCCACAGGGAUUUGCCAUGGAGUGGAUUAAGUGUUUAGACUUUUUUUUUUUCUUUUUGGAACUGCACCAUAGAUAAAGAAGGAUGGAUUUCAUAAUGCCUAUGGAUAUUCAAGGUAUUAUUGCUUUACUUUAGACCAUCGACACUGAGAAUUCUGGCAGAAUCACUUUAAUAGACCCUGCAUUUGGAGAUAUUUGUGGUCUUUCCUCAAUCUUACAAAACUAUAAGCACCACUUCUGUCUCCAGGAUGCUAUAGUUGCCAUAGAUUUGAAAGCCCCUGCAACAUUAACCAAGUAUAACCAGAAGAGCAUGAAGAGUUUGUACCAAGCUGUCUAUGACUCUUUAUAUUCAAGCCUAAUAUAUAUACUCAGUUGAACCGUGUGUAUUACUCUGUCAGAUUCUAUACAUGUUAAAGAGCAUUUAGUGCUUAGAAAAAUACUAACUUGUAACUGAGGUUAACCCACUGAACAAGUUCAACAGUUUGGCAAUUGAUAACUCAUGUUAACCUGCUUUUCAGAGGGCAAUGACUCACUUGGAAAAUUCUGUCCUGUUGUCACUCCAAGGUAUAAAUGCCUCAGUUAUACAUUGAGAAGGGAGGCAUUCUCAGAUUCAGUAUUUUCUAGAGGUUCCUGUCUGGAAAAAUAAUACCCAUUGUAAAUGUUACAAUACGUUUCUACUUUCUCUAACUCAAACUGUUGCCUGCAUCUUUUUUUGCUAUAUGUAAGGCAAAUUUUUGCACUAUAUUAGUGCAGCAUGAUAUGCACUUAACUAGUAUUGCCAUAGAAAACCUGCCUCUGCUCAGAAAGGAUGACAAUGUAUCUUGUGCAAGGAGUGUCAAGGAGACAGGUCUUAAAUCCUGAAGAGAGUAGAGUUCAGUUUGGACUGCGCUUGGAUGGGAUCGACUAAUGACGUGAACUCACUCACAGCUUCACAUCACCGCGGCCGUUCGUAGUCUCUAUCAUGGCAGUAAUACAAGUGUCUAGUUUCUUGCCCCGUCUACCUAUACAAAUAUAGAUUGUCCUGCUGGUUUCUAAUUGUACUUUGAAGGCUGUUUAUGACUAGAUUUUUUAUAUUUGUUAACUUUGUUAAAAAAAAAAAAGAAAAAAAUGGUUGCCCUCUAAUCUUGAGUGAUAUAUUUAUCUGAGAAGGUAUUCUGAUUGUUCAGCUGAAAGAAAAGCUUUUUGCUAUUUUUAUUUCACUAGUAAAAGCAUUUUCACUGUUGCUGACAGUGUAAAACCCAGAACCAUUUUGUCUUUACUAAUUAAGAUAAUUGGGGAGACUCUACUUGUAACUGUUCUGCUCAACUCUUGAGUGUACUGGCAAGUAAAGAAUAAAACUUCUGCCAUUUUAAUAGUCCCCACUUGAAAAGCAAAACAAAACAAAACAAAAAAACUCAGUGUUACAGAAACUCACUGUUAACCUCUCCCGUGCUUAUGGCCCAUUGCUGUUAUGCUUCCCCAAGGAAGCAGACAGGCUUGUUGUAUCUACAAGCCUAUUACGGAUGAGAUUCAUGGCCUGAGAAGAGUUUUUCUCACAAAAUGGCUUCUACAUACAAUGACUGUGCCACURCGAAGCAAUAGAGUUACAAAACUUGACCAGGCAACCUCUCAAAUAAUUGUUAUGUGAAGUUCAGUAUUAGGCUCUCAGGUCUUUUUUAUAACCUAAAUCACUUCUGCCUAUUUCAUCACAAUAUUUGCCCAAGAAGCAUCAGUUUUUUGCACAUUAAAGAAAACUGCAGCUUUUGCAAACUUUGACCCAUGAUGAUCAGUGUAAUCAGUGAAAUCCACUGUAAUCAAUGAAAUCCACUGUAAUCCAAUGAAAUCCACUUGUCAUUACAAGGCUCUCUCUAACAUAAGUAAGUUACAAAAGUCCUUAAAAAUACCUAACCUGAUUCCUUGUAAAAUAAUUCUUAGAAUCAAUGUGCAUUUUGCCCAAUAUUAAGAGAGAGUAUGGUCCUAAUUUAAUCUAGCUAAAUUAUAAAACCAGUUUGGUGUUACAGCAUAAAGAAAAUGGUCUUCUUUCCACUGCAGGGGUAUUUACCUGAAUGGGAACGAUAAGCAAAGGAAAAAAUAGUAACAAGCUUUUGUACAGGUUAAAUUUCUCACUUGAUACCUUGAUUGUGUAACAGCUAGUGAAGUGCCCGUGGGCCUGUCCUGCAACACUGGGGGCUUCAGUCUGGUAUCACUCUGAAAAGAGAUGGAGUUAAAAACAAACCUUCAGAGGUCUUGGGUAGGAAACAACAAAAAACCUAGUUGAUUCCUGUUUAAUCAAACAUACAAAAAAAAAAAGUUUUUAAACUUAUUUUUAAAGCUUAAAGUUUUUAAAAACAAUUUAUAUCACAUGGAAAUCAUGGUUUCUGUACUUUGAAAAGACUGGUUUUGGGUUGUCCAAUAGUGUUGGACCAAUAUCAGUUGAGGGAACAGGUAAGAAAUCAUCACUAUUUAUUAUACUGGCAGGUCUUGGACACUCAUGUCUGGUACUUGCCUUGAAGAUUUUAUGCCCUAAAUGUCAGAAUUUAAUAACUUGAGGGUUAUUAAGGUAUACCAUCUCCUUUAUAUUACUGUGUGAAAAUGACAAAUGAAGAAAGAGAUAAAAGUUUAAGAAUGUUUGGCCUUUGCAACCCAUGCAAGUAUUUCAUUAUGUAUUACUUUUUAUAGCUGGUCAGUGAAUCGUGGACAUCCACGUCAUACACAUGCUGCAUCUAACAUCUAGAGUGCAUUUUUUAAAUGCAAAGUGCACAGAAAUUUGAAGCCAAAAUGGCUUCUGUCUUUAUCAAGAAAAGAUUAUUAGGCUAUAAGGAGGGCUGAUGUAGUAUGUAAACCUAAAAGUUACAAAGGUGAUUAAGCCUUUUAGCAUUGAAAAAGUAAUAAUGACUAGGGUAAGUAUCAGUAUAGAAUGAAAAGUAUUUGCUUUAAAAAUCAGAGUGCUUCUUCAAAUCCAGUGCCUAAAGCAGCCACUACUGUAGAUUGUUAGUUUGUGAAAGUAACGUUUCCAGUGAUCAAAUAAAUCAUGCAGAAAAUAGCAAAGUAGGCAUUUUCCUCUUGAUGUGGUGGUUUGUAAUUUCCUUUUUAAAUCUGUAGUUUCUAGAUGACUGUGUCUGCUUUGAGUCCUGGAGCAACUCCU